UCCCCCAAGGUCUCCUCACAGGCUUUCCGACACUGCACACCCACACCGCUCUCUUUGCGCGGAGGCGGAGCCGAGCUGGUGUGGGUUGGGCCGCCGCCGUCUCCGCCCCAAGGCGGGUCCCCCCGCGGCGCUGCGGGCCGGGUGGCGGUGCAGCCGCGGGAUCAGCGCGCCCCGCCAUGCUCGGGGUGAGGCGCGGCGCCUGCGAGGGCGGCAGGGAUGGCGACUCGCGCUACGCCAGCCUCUUCAGGAAGCUGGACCUCAACGAAGAUGGGAGGGUGGACAUCGCCGAGCUGCAGACGGGCCUGCGGGCCAUGGGCAUCCCCCUGGGGAAGGAGGCGGAGGAGAAAAUUUUUAAAGCUGGAGAUAUUAACCAGGACGGACAGCUAGAUUUUGAAGAAUUUAUGCAGUAUCUUAAAGAUCAUGAGAAAAAGAUGAAGCUGGCGUUUAAGAGCCUGGACAAAAACAAUGAUGGUAAAAUUGAAGCAUCAGAAGUUGUCCAGUCCCUCAAGAUAUUGGGUAUAAACAUUUCAGAAAAACAGGCAGAAAAGAUCCUGCAGAGUAUUGAUGCUGAUGGGACAAUGACAGUAGACUGGAAUGAGUGGAGAGAUCAUUUUAUGUUUAACCCAGCUACAGACAUUGAGGAAAUAAUUCGAUAUUGGAAACAUUCCACUGUGUUGGAUAUAGGCGAUAGUUUGACUGUUCCAGAUGAGUUCACGGAGGAAGAGAAAAAGACUGGACAGUGGUGGAAACAGCUGUUGGCUGGAGGAGUGGCUGGUGCUGUCUCUCGAACAGGUACAGCACCAUUAGAUCGCCUUAAAGUGAUGAUGCAGGUUCAUGGUUCAAAAUCAAACAAAAUGAAUAUAGCCAGUGGUUUUAAGCAGAUGUUGAAAGAAGGUGGUGCCCGAUCUCUGUGGAGGGGAAAUGGUGUAAAUGUUGUAAAAAUAGCUCCUGAAACGGCCAUUAAGUUUUGGGCUUACGAACAGUAUAAGAAGAUACUUGCUAAGGAAGAUGGAAAGUUAGGCACCGUGGAAAGAUUUGUAUCUGGUUCUUUGGCUGGAGCAACAGCACAGACUUCUAUUUAUCCCAUGGAGGUUUUAAAGACCAGAUUGGCUGUGGGUAAAACAGGGCAAUAUUCCGGGAUGUUUGACUGUGCUAAGAAGAUCUUAAAAAGAGAAGGUGUAAAGGCCUUCUACAAAGGCUAUAUUCCUAAUAUUUUGGGUAUAAUUCCUUAUGCUGGCAUUGACCUUGCUGUUUAUGAGCUCUUAAAGACUACAUGGCUAGAACACUAUGCAUCAAGCUCUGCUAACCCAGGUGUUUUUGUAUUGUUGGGAUGUGGUACCAUUUCCAGCACAUGUGGGCAGUUGGCCAGUUACCCUCUUGCUCUUAUCAGAACACGCAUGCAGGCGCAAGCCUCGGUGGAAGGAGCUCCACAGCUAAACAUGGUUGGUCUCUUUCAAAGAAUUAUUGCUACAGAGGGACUCAGAGGACUUUAUAGGGGCAUAGCCCCUAAUUUUAUGAAAGUGCUUCCAGCUGUCAGCAUCAGCUAUGUUGUAUAUGAAAAAAUGAAGCAGAAUUUGGGAAUAGCAUGAAAUGAAGGAAAAAGAUGAGAUGCUUCUAAUGUUGGAAACACCAGAACAAAAAUGAUUUCUCAAAUACCUGCUCUCACAGUUAGAGGCAGAUCUUUGUGGAGAGAUGCCGUAAUUUCUACUUUUGCCCUGAAGUGGGAGGAAACUUUCUUAAAUUCUAGUUCACCAUUUCUAAACAGAUACCUAUAUUGCACUUUAAAAUGUCACUGAGUUUAAAAAAAAAAUCAAGAAACUAUCUUUAAAUCAAUAGUGUUUUAUAUAAAUUGUGCAUAUUUUACUCAUUGAGUUUUUUUGUAUCUGUCUUCUCUAAAUGUGUAUUUGGCUUGGAUCAAACCAAAGGUAGAAGUUUAUACUGCCUUGAUACUGAAUAUAUGAAAGUGACUUUUUGUCUUGUCAUGCUGCCUAUACUCAAGCAACUCUCACAGGCAACUUUUGCACGCCUAGAAGUAAGCACUUCUUAUUUUUGAAGACUUAAAAUUGUGAAAAAUAGGAUCUUUGAUACAGACAAGUGUAGCGUAGCACAUUAAAAUGUAUCCCAUCACCUUUGUCUUCAGGCUAACCUUUUUUUUUAAUGUAAAGAAUAAGAGCCUGAGAAACUGCUGUUCCAUGGUAUCGGAAUACCUCAGAUGGAUUUACAUAGUAUUUUGUAAUAGAAUCAGUGAUUUUCAUAACUUGCAUCACUGGGCCUACUUUUCAUUGCAUUUGCUUUGGGUUACAGCUGCACAUUUUAUAGGAUUGCGAUACACAGGAACAGAAAAAAAUUGGGUACUGGAUCCAUUCCAUUCAAGUGCAAGUUACUGUUUAAAAACUGGGUAGAGGAUCCAGUAUUAAGCUGACAGCGAUUGUAAUACAGCCAAUAGCAGAGCUCAUCAUAGCUGCCUUGAGGGAGAGAAAUGCUUCUCAUUUUGGACUCUCCAAUCUUCCCUUUACUCAGAGGGCUACAGGCCGCUAGCUGCUUGUUUGUCAUGCAAGAGAAAGCCUCUUGCCUCACAGUCUUCUGUGCAUGCUGGCUGCCUCUGUGAAGUUCCGACAGUAAAAUACAGCAGCAUUUUGUCCAAGUGACCAAAUGAGACUGCUGAUCUCAGGUGCCCAUUAGACUGAUGUUAAUGAAGCAAGCAAAGAACGCACACAGAACUUGCUAGUGCUUGAGAAACAGCUUCUCAAAAAAUAAAGCAGCACUUCCUCAAUGUAGAAAGUCGGUAUUUCUGUGUACAGAUACUUCCAAAGUGACUUCUUUUUUUUUUUUUUGUGUGUGUGUGUGUGUGUGUGUGUGCUGCAUUUCAGCCGCCUUCAGACCCAAACACUGAAAUAGAGGAACAAUUAUUGUGGAACUAAGUUUUACUCUUUUUCUGCUUUCCACAAUGUGUGUUGUCUUAAUCUUUGUACGUUCAGGAUUAUCUUUAUACUUGUCUUGACCUUCUAAAAGCAUAUUAGACCACUUCUUGAAAUUGGAUUACUGAAUGAAGAACUUUGUUCCUGUAAGGUUGUUAAGGUUCUCUUUUUUUACUUCUGUUUUUUUUUU